AUGAUUUCAAGGUCCGUUUUAAGAAACUCAAGAACUUUACUCAGAUCUAAUAUUGCUAAACAAUCUAUACCGGCAAUAACAACACACUUGUCACCAUCAAUAGCCAUUAACACUGCAUCAUCAAAUAUACCCACUGCCAACACAACCUUAUUCAAGAGAUCAUAUCACGAAAAGGUUAUUGAUCACUAUGAAAACCCAAGAAAUGUUGGUACUUUAAACAAGAAUGACACUGAUGUAGGUACAGGAUUAGUUGGUGCACCAGCUUGUGGUGAUGUUAUGAGAUUACAGAUCAAGGUUGAUGAAAAGACUGGCAAAAUUGAAGAUGUCAAAUUCAAGACUUUUGGUUGUGGAUCGGCCAUUGCUUCAAGUUCGUAUGCUACCGAAUUGGUUAAGGGUAAGACUUUGGAUGAAGCAUUGGCUAUUAAAAACACUUUUAUUGCUCAAGAAUUGUCAUUACCACCUGUGAAGUUGCACUGUUCAAUGUUGGCAGAAGAUGCCAUCAAGUCAGCAGUUAAAGAUUACAGAUCAAAGAGAUUGGUGAAGAAACCAACUUUGGGUCCAGAAGCAACCGCUAGUGAACCAACAACUGCUAAUGUGACUGCUUAA